UUUAGCGCUUUUAUUGACACAAACACUGAACACAACAAUGGAUUGAAUCGUUGAGACAAUUAGCUGAAGACAUGAUGGACACCGAGGAAUUGAUUUGUCCGAUGUCACCGACCAAUCCAUUUGUGGACAAACUGUCGGUUGAGUUGACCGAAGACGACGACAACGAGACUGUCAUUGACUUAGACUUCUGUGAUGAAGACGACCAACAUAUGGAUGACAUGAAUCACAUCGAGAAGGUCUAUAUGAAUGAGACGCCAGACAAACGAGUGGAUGACAGCAGUGGUCAUCACAUCCAACACAAAGACCACGAGAGCGAUGCGGAGGAGAUAGUGGCCAACAAUUAUGACGACGACCUCCUCCUCGGGUCCCAACUGUUGGCCAAAAAGUAUCCAAACAAUACUGUUCUGAACGGUCUCUCAAAGACAGACAACACCACCAAAGAUGUGCACAAAAAGUGUCAAAAGGAGAUCCAACGGGAAAAGGAUAUAAGAGUUGAGUUGCAGAUAGAGUUGGAGUUAGAGAGACAGCAAAGGAUUCAUUUCCAGAAACUAUAUGAACAACACAUCAGUUAUUCGUUGCGCAAAGAGUUGGAUGACUGCAACCAAAUCAAGACAUUGAAGCACCAGAUCUUGAAGUGUAGACACGAUUUGCAGAAAUUGAAACGAUCUCACAGUCAGUGCAAAGACGUUGACAUGAAUUCGUCGAAUGAUAUGAACUCAGAAGCAGAUAACGAGAGCACAGAACAAGAGUUCAUUUGUUCGGACUGUUCUUCGCACCUGAAGUCCGAGGUAUCACUCCUUUUGCAUCUCAUCAACCAUUGCAUCGGCGAACAGGAGUUCCGCUUACAGACCACUGCCUUCAAGUUGGAUGAGUUCUCGGAGUCGAUGGUUGACUCGAUCCGGAAGAGUAUCUCUUACUGUUGUCCGCGUUGUGUCCUAUCGUUUGAUUGUCUUGAGAUCUAUUACCACAUCUAUAAGUGUCACACAAAAGAGCAGCCAAUCGUUUGCAGCGAAUGUCACACAUAUUUCACUCAUUUGGGUCAAUGGACACAACAUAACCAAUCAGAUCAUAACGGAAUCAUUCAGUCCAUCACUUAUGUCGAUAUCGGGAGUCAUGUGCGGCCCUCACAACAGACUCAUUCAACACAACCACCAAAACCAUCACAGCCUCAAAGAACCACCACUUUUGCUAAUACCACCAGAACUAACGGCACCAGUAGUUGCAACCUUUACAGACCAUACACUGCUAACCGUACCACUACUCAGAGUACGGGUAACAAAAGCACUCGCUUUGCAAACACCACUUCCAGUUAUGACACCAAUUCAUCGGAUGGCAGUGAACCAGAAAUCAUCAAUUUGUCUGAUUCUCCUCCUCCUCCCAUCACUCAUAAUCCCAUUGUUCCGCCGAAACCAUCGAAUUCAAUGCCAUAUAAGUUGCCGACCACUGGAAGGGUGGGUCAAAGUGCGGCCCAAAGUACAAACUUUUCGUGCGAAUUCCCCGACUGUGAGUUCAAAACUACCAGUAAAGACAAACUCCAGUUCCACGUUAACGCUCACAUCAACUCUAAAUAUAAGUGUCCGUAUUGCGCAUACGUUGGGAAUAUUCUCAACGAUAUCAUCCGUCACAUCCAAAAGAGCAAAAAGCACGAGAACCUGAAGGUCUAUGAAUGUCGUGAGUGCUCAUAUGGGACCAACUGUUUGUCGUCAUUCAAAGAGCAUUUGUCGCGAAGACAUUUCGAUGACUCCGAUGAAGAGGAUGAGGUGAACGACUACAUCACUGAUAUGUUCCGUAACCAUCACUCCACUAAUGAUAAAAGUGAUACCGAGUAGAGUGUUAUCAAACAUAAAUGAACGUCAGUUUUAUUAGUUUUGG